AUGACCCCGGUCCACUCUUAUUCCAUCUGGCACGGAAACGUUGUGACCAACGAUAUGGCUAUCAAAAACACCAAGAAAGCAAAAGCCGCUCCAUCGGUCGACCAUGAGGUAUGUAUUUGCAAAUUAUUUUUCGAGCUCUACUUAAUUAGAUGGAAUGAUUUGCAGUGGUGA